AUGCUGUCCCUCCUAGACAGCGUGAGCCUCCCAUACCUUAUCCUGUCGGCAUGUCUUUCUGUCAUACUGCUGCGCAGAUUCCUAGCUCACGACAAGGGAGGAUCCAAGUCCAUCGCACAAGGCUGUUUGCCUGAGCCACGUUUGCGUCAAUGGGAUCCUAUCUUUGGUUUUGGCAUUGUCAUUAGCCAGGCAAGAGCCUUGCGGGGACACCGCUAUCUCGAAUGGCUCCGAGACCUCCACGCCAGCAUGCCUCAUACAAAGACCUUUUCUGCAAACUAUGGCGGCUACCGGUGGAUCUUUUCCAUUGAGCCAGAGAUUCUCAAAGCCGUCUAUGCGACCAAUUUCCAAAACUUUGGCGUCGAGCCCAUCAGGCAGCACCCUCCUGGAUUUCAACCAUUUGCCCACAAGGGUGUCAGCACCAGUGAUGGCGACGACUGGAGCUUCAGUCGCACCUUGAUCAAGCCCUUUUUUGAGCGAAGUGUCUAUGUCAGUACUGAUCGUAUCAAGCCAUUUGCGGACAAAUUCAUGACACUGCUUCCUGAUGAUGGAGAGACUUUUGACAUACAGCCUCUGCUUCAACGAUGGUUUCUCGACAUUACAUCUGAAUUCAUUUUUGGCAGAUCUCAGGAUUCCAUGACGCAUGCCGACCGUGCUGAAGUCACGUGGGCAAUGGCCGAUGUUCUCCGAGGCGGCCGUCAACGAGCGCAGACUCACAGAAUUCUCUGGGCGUUCAAUUGGGAUUGGUGGUUUGAGGCCGUGGAAAAGGUACACGGUUUUCUGAAUCCAUACAUUCGGUCGACCUUGAAAGAACUCGAGGAACGACAGCAGCGCAUCAAAGAUGGCCUCCCAGUCGACGAGGAGAGAACAGACUUGCUCUGGUCAAUGGCCACGAUGCUUCCCGACGAGGAAGAGCUGAGGUCUCAAGUCUGCCUCAUCUUUGUUCCAAACAAUGACACGACAUCAAUGUUUAUCGGCCAUUGCCUGUACUUCCUCGCCCGCCACUCGAACGCGUGGAAGAGACUGAGAGAUGAAGUGGAUGCGGUCGGCGAUGCGCCCAUUACUUUUGAGAUGCUCAGAAACAUGAAGUACCUCAACGGCAUCUUGAAUGAAAGUAUGAAACCCAAACCCCUCUCAUCUAAGCUGACCCUAGCACUGACCACACUUUGUACGCCAGCGCACCGUUUGAUCCCCAACAACGUGACUCAGGUCCGAGCUGCCCUCUCAGAUGUGGUACUGCCACUUGGGGGAGGACCAAACGGCAAAGCCCCCCUCGACGUUCGCAAAGGUGAUAUUGUUUCAGUGACAAAGACUGUCAUGUAUCGGGACCCCGACCAAUGGGGUCCGGAUGCCAACGAGUAUCGGCCUGAACGCUGGGACGGCAUGCGAGGCGGCUGGCACUUUUUGCCCUAUGGGGGCGGGCCGAGAAGAUGCCCAGCGCAGAUGAUGGUCCAGAACGAGUCUGCGUAUAUGCUUUUUCGGUUGGCGCAAAAGUAUAGCACCAUUGUGGCGCGGGACCCGGAGCCGUUUAGGGCCAGAAUGCGUAUUGGACCUUCUAGCAUGCACGGAGUCAAGAUUGCGUUUUACAAGUAG